UUGGUCGUCGAUGUUGCCUGUUUGUUAUAUGUGAAAGACGACAUUUUUUUUUUGUUUUGACGUCGGUUGCAGUGUUUAGUGUCUACCCUCGUUCGACGAUCUAGUGACUCCAAACGUCCAACAGCCGGCCUGUCAAAUAUAGGCGAUGGUGGACACCCGUGUCAUGUGCAGUAGCCGUUUCCAACGUAAAUGCAAUUGCUACCCGCAGAGCCACAAAGUAUCAAAGGGCGCUAAUGAAGUGCCAGCCACACAUCAAAACGACCGCGACCGUCCAUUGCAGACGACAGUAUUGAACCGACAGCAAUUGUACGAACAACAGCAGACUAAACUAAGUAAUAAUAGUAAUAAUAUCAUGUUCUGGUACGUCUUGAUCAUCCUUUUGGGUGCCGGUUCGACUCGGGAAGCGUUUGCCACCAAGUCGAAUAUGAUGGUUGGAACAUGCGAGACACUUCCGUCAACUAUUCACAUAACAAAAGAGGAGUACACCGAUGCAGGGAUUCUAUCCAGGACUUGCGAAGGCGAUGUAAGCGUCGCUAAAUGCGAAGGAUCUUGUUCAUCACAAGUCCAGCCUUCCGUUGUUCACCCUUCUGGAUUUUUAAAGGAAUGUAUGUGUUGCCGUGAGUCGUUUCUGAGGGAGCGAGUCGUAACCCUAAGCCAUUGCUACGAUAGUAAUGGCAACCGCUUAACCGGAAAGAAUUCUUCGUUAGAUGUCAAAAUGCGUGAACCCGCCGACUGUAAAUGUUUUCGAUGCGGUGAUUCAAUGGAGUAAACAUGAACAUCGCAUUCAAAGUUGUUUUCAGUACGGUUUUUCCUCAGUUUUAUGGAUGUCUGUAAACGUUUUAUGUGUAUUUAACAAUCGAUAAUGAUAACGCUAUGCCCUGAAUAAAUACACACCUCUAAAUGAAC